CGGAGGUACCGCCAACCUGGACUGUUGUCGAGCAACCUAAUGCCAUUGUAUGACUGUUAAUUUGCAAAAGUCCACGGUAGAGUUGAUUUUAUUAUUACUAUGUUCUUUACUUUCUUCAAAGUAUGUGAAGUUGUAACUCUUCAAACUCAGCGAGACGCAACUCAAAAACACUUCAGAAACGCAACUGAGCUGUCAUCUCAUCGCUGCAAGGCUCAUCACGUACAUGGAUCUGACUGUAGAGUGAGCUGGUGGCCUUGUUGACUCUCUGCAGGACCAUGAUAAUGGCACUGAACCGGCUUCAGUCUCAGUCGUCCAAGUAUCUCAAUUAUCAGACAUUCAUAAGAUUUGAGUGAAGGCUGCUAAAAAGGACUGCAUUGUCAGCCAUGCUGUCGGGCACUUGGAGGCGCUCUGUGGGGCAUCAGCAGCCCACUGCUGGACCUGUGGUGAACACUCGGGGGAUGACAGUGUGUGGGGUUCCCAGUGGUACGGUGGUCCUCGAGGCCCAGUAUGACUACAACUACCGAGGUGCCGACGGACGGCAGGUCUCAAUAAGGGAGGGGGAACGGUUUAUUCUCCUGAAGAAGACCAACACUGAUUGGUGGCAGGUACGGCGGAUUGGGGCUGCUAAUAAAACAAAGCCACUGUAUGUACCUGCUACAUAUGUGACGGAGGUGCCUAUUGCACCCAUGCCCUCGCCACAGCGCCUGGCAAUGUCCUCAUCGCUGAACUCCAACCUCGGGGUAUUGCCAAGGGUGUCCCUCAGCCCCAGCCCAACAGAGACCUUUAAUGGACGGCAUCAAGUGCGCAAACCCAUUUACCGCUCAAUGGGAAAUCUCAACUCCAGUAGUGCCUUCCAGGGGCUGGACAACAACACCACCACCACAGGGAGGGGGCACUUCCCCACUCUGCCCCUUUCCGGGUUCACAUUUACCAACAACUCUCCCACUUCACUGUCAGGCCGCUUAGUGGUCCCAGGGUCACCCACAACCUCUAUGGCCCAAAUGACACAGCAGAACCCCAGGGUGGUUCCCAUGAUCACACGCAGCCAGAGUUCCAGCAACCUGGCAGAAAAUCUGGUGGAGAACCCGUAUGAUGAGGUGGGUGGUAGCUUCAGCAGUCGCACCAACCACAGGGUCCCGAAGAAGUCCUGUAGCCAGUGGGACAUGGUGGGGGCCUCCGGCAAGAACAACCAUCUGCAGGUCCCAACAGAGUCCUACCUGUCACAACUGUCCUGGCAAGACUCUCCUCUUUACACUGAUAACAUGCAGCCAGGGAGACAGACGUUGCCAGCAGUUCCACCCUGUCCUGCUCCAGGUCAGCAGCCGCUUCAGCUCAAGGACCUGUGGGAACAGUACUCAGACCCAGCUACAGGAAGAUUCUACUAUGUCAACACCAUCACCAAGGAGAGGUCCUGGAAACCGCCUCGCCGGGCUCGUGGAUGCACUGACAACAAGGCCACUCCAAUGCAAACUCAGACAUUACCCAGAGAAACCAGCCAACUGUCACUGACACUUUCAGAAGCUGGCAAUAGAACUGUGCAUAGGCUGUCACCUGAUUUUAUUUUUGGAAGCCACCAGAGGAAUACCGACUGUGGCUGGCAGAUGAAACAGAAAAUGCAGCGUGCGGCCUCCUCUGAUACCCUCAGCUUGAUGACAUUCAGCAGUGCAGAUGCCCGGUGCCAUAACUCUGCCUCCGUGCACGAUGCCAAGCAGCCACUCAUCCACUCCCAAUCUAUGAUCCUGCCUGAGAAUGGCAAGCUGGUCCAGAAAUGUAUGGAUUACUCCUGUAAUGUGACCAACAUCAUCGUGGAGCCUCCGUCUCCCGAGAGCUCUCCAGACAGUGACGGCUGCACACCAGAGCUGGAGAAAGCCGGCCUUUUGAACAAGACCAAAAUUGCAGAGGGAGGCCGCAAACUAAGAAAAAGCUGGAGUCCGUCCUGGGUCGUGUUGGUAGGGAACAGUCUGGUUUUCUUCAAAGAUCCGAAAUCACAGACACCUUCCAGCUGGAAACCAGGAAACAGUCGCCCUGAGAGCAGUGUGGAUUUAAGAGGCGCACAGCUGCAAUGGACCAAUGAUUUGUCCAGCAAGAAGAAUGUCUUCAAGCUGAGGACAGUAACGGGCAACGAGUUCCUGCUGCAGUCAGAGACAGACUCUCUGAUAAAGGAGUGGUUUAACACCAUUCAGAAAGUCAUCGUCAGGCUGGAUCGUGAAAACCCUCUGGACAACGUCCUCCUGUACUCUCUGAGGAGAGCGGGCAGCGUGGAGAUGCUGGAGCACAGUGGAGACGAGGAGGACAGGAGAACGUCUCUCCCUCGCUCAUCGUCCAACCUGGAAAACACAGAGAGGAAAAGGGUAAAGAGCCGGCUGAAGAAGCUGAUCAUGAGGAGACCUCCUCUGCAGGCUCUGCAGGAGAAAGGCCUCAUUAAAGAUCAGGUAUUUGGUUGUUGUCUGGAGAUGCUCUGUAACCGAGAGAAAAGCACCGUCCCUCGUUUCGUCAGACUUUGCACCGAGGCUGUGGAGAGCAGAGGAUUGGAGACUGAUGGCAUCUACAGAGUAUCAGGGAACCUGGCAGUGAUUCAGAAACUGCGCUACCUAGUGAACCAUGAGCGAGCGGUGACUACUGACGGCCGCUACAUGUUCCCAGCGGAGUUGGUGCAAGAGGAGAAGCUGAAUUUGGGCGAUGGCGAGUGGGAGGACAUCCAUGUCAUCACGGGAGCUUUGAAACUUUUCUUUCGCGAGCUUCCCGAGCCUCUGGUGCCCUAUGGCUUCUUCACAGACAUUGUAGAGACAGCCAAGAUGUCUGACUACAUGGACAAAGUGGACCGUUUGAAGUGUCUGGUGCUGAACAUGCCUCCUCCAAACCAUGAUACACUUCUAUUCAUGUGCCGCCAUCUCAGACGAGUGUUGGAACAUUCAGAUUCCAACAGAAUGACCACACAGAACAUUGGCAUUGUGUUCGGGCCGACCCUGAUGCGCCCAGAGCAGGACAACGGCAACAUGGCGGUGAAUAUGGUUUACCAGAACCAGGCAGUGGAGCUCAUCCUCAGCGAAUUUGACCACAUCUUUGGAACGAGAGGCCCCUCUUGAUCUUUCUGGACAUGGUUUUUUU